AGAGUCUCGACGAGAAAUCCACUGAAUUCGGUUUCAGUCCAUGAACGUCGUUCAGUUAGAGUAGAGCUAACAUUCUACGCGAAGUCAGCUACUCGGAGUUUUCGUAUCUAAACUACAAAACGUGUUUUUAACUGAUUACUAUCUAAUCUUCAUACCGACUGUUUAUUCUUUUGUGUUUGUCUAGACCACGAAGUGUUAAUAGUUUUUAUUUAAGUGUUAUUUGGUGAUUGUUUUUGUUGAUUUUUGUGUUUUUUCAAGUGCGUGCCAUGAUUUUCAAUUUAGAUUUAUGACAGACUAUGGAUUAUGAGGAUUUUUUGUGAGCAGAGUUUAGAGAAGUUAAAGUAGCUGCCUACAGUCGGGUAAUCGUCACUCGAAUCUAGUCUAAGGAACCAGAAAGUUAUUGUUUGUUAGUAGUAGUACGCGCUGCGUACAGCGCUCCAUCCGUCAAACUGGCAGCCAGCGCUCUUGCUUCAAUGAAUCCUCAUUAUCAUCCUUAUGGAGGACCGGAACUAACAUCUCCGCAUCCUCCUUCUCCUGAUAAUAAUAAUUACCACGGACAUCCUGGUCCAGGAGGACCACCGCCGCAUGCUAGGAUGCAUGCGACGAAUGGACAUCCUAUUGGAACAAUAGGUCACAGUGGAGGCCCCCACGAUCAGCACCCACAUACACACCACCAACACCCGGCGUUUACCAGUGCCGGACCCCCAUCCGACGGACCACAUAUCCCCCAUCACAAUCCUUCUUUAACGAACAACAAUAACAACAACAAUACUAAUAACAAUAAUAACAACAACACAGUGAAAGUUUGCGCGGGUUGUGGUGGAAAAAUAGUCGAAAGAUUUUUAUUACACGCGUUGGACCGAUAUUGGCACAAUAGUUGUCUUAAGUGUACGUGUUGUGCCGCGAUGUUAGCUGAUCUAGGAGCGUCGUGUUUCACGAAAGGAGGAAUGAUAUUGUGCAAACAGGAUUAUAUGAGGAUAUUUGGCAACACGGGCGCCUGCUCGGCGUGCGGGCAGUCAAUUCCAGCCAACGAACUUGUGAUGCGAUCAGGGGGACCGUCCCUUCAACAACCCGGCGCUCCACCGCACGUAUUUCACCUUAAAUGCUUCAUGUGCAGCAAAUGCCUCAGCCCCUUGAUGCCCGGAGACAGAUACUACAUGUUGUCAGGUAGUCUAGUAUGCGAACAGGACUGGCACAAACUGCUCAAAAGUACCGCUGCAGCGACGCCGACGGUACGCAAAGGAAAGGUGGGACGACCGCGUCGUAGUCGUGAUUGAAAUGACGCCUUCUUUGAUGCUGUUGAACCGUAGUAGCCGGGCGAUACAGGGACGUGCAAUAUUUUUUCGAAAAAAGAAGCGUUCCCUUGACUUUCCAAUCUUUGGUUCAGACACUAUCCCAAUCAUGCGUUCUGUUUUUUUCGAAUAAAUUUUUCGAAAAUUGAGCUCAAAGUGUUCUGGAUGCGAAUUAAGAAGACAACAUGUUCGAUGACAUGAGUACCAUCUGGGUAAAUAUUUAAGACAAUCAGAUCGACAACGAUUUUGGCAAAAUUUCAAAUAGAAAUCGUUAAUUUCACAUUUGAAGGUUUUCAAUAUAAUAUGACCCCCUUAACUUUGCUACAAAUAGCAAAAAAUAUAUAUAUUUUAUACCAGAUUGUACGAAAUCAACUAAUCAUGUAUAGAGAGUGCGGAAAAUCUCAUGUUUUUUACCAUUUUUUACAGAUUACUCUAUAUGUCUAAUCUGAAAAAGUAUUGUCUUUAUAAAUGAAAAUAUGAGUACAAUAUUUUAUCAUAUUCACAUUAAAUUAGCGUUUACAAUAACCAUUAAAUUCACAAUUGUUGGCUAUGCAUUGGGUAAACCAUAACCAAUUCAAAGAUUAAAUUCGCCACUAAAAUUUUGUUUAAAUUUAAAACCGUUAUGCCGAAUUUUUUGCUCCAAUUCUUCACCACAAUUUAGAUGCUUUAAAAGCUGAGCCUUUUGCAAUAUAUUUUGGAAAUGUUUCUCGUUUUAAUAUGUAAUUGAAAAUAUAAGAUGAAAAAUGUCACUAGCCUUUCUCAAUUUGUUUUGUUGAAUACAAUUACUCUGUAAAAUAAAGAUUAGUUCAUGGCAGGGUCUUCCUCCAGAUUUUUGCGAAAUAUAUCGACAGAAUUGAGCGGUCUUUUGCGAUAAGAUGUGUUGUAUGUAUAUUCUUUCUCAAUACUCUAGUUGAACUUAUUUAAAUUUCGUGUGAGACUUUCUUUUACCCAUUUCGAGGAGUUUCUACUAUGGUACCAGUUACAUGAGUUUUUUUUACAAGCAAAAACUCUGCUAGUCUCAGAGACUUAUCUAUUUCUAGACCUUGAUCUAACAGUUGCUUUAACAGAUAAACCACGAUUCUUUCAGACAGUGACAGAUGUUCUGAUCCGUGAAAAUUCUCAACAUUAUACAGUCCCUGGCCAAAUUAUUAGACGCACUGCAAGAUUAAUAUUAUUAUAUUAAUUACCGAGUGAUAUUGUACCGUUUUAUUGUUUUAAAUUACAUUGUUUUUUAUUUUUAUAUUAUCUAAUGAAUGACCUAUUAAUUUAACAAAAACAAAACAACAUUAAUUUAGAAAAUCAAAUGUUUAUUAAAUAUUACAGAAAAGUAAACAUAAUGUAAGUCAAAGUCAAUCCUUAGCUACUUCUCUUUUCAUUAGCUUCCACACAUUUUCAAUCGGAUUCAUAUCGGGUCUAUUACCCGGCCAAUCCAAUAGAGGGAUAUUUUCUUCUGCCAAAAAAGCUUUGACAGAUCGAGCAGUGAGGCAGGGAGCUCCAUCUUGCAUGAAAGUGAAUGGUUUUCCAUUUGGAAUCCAUUCUCUGAACUGCAUUAAUCAAGUGAUUUAAAAAAUACAGUGCGUCUAAUAAUUUGGCCAGGGACUGUAUACGUCCUUUCCAAAAUAAGUGGCAAAAUUAUAUGUGUAUCCCCGCAAAUCAGGGCUAGGACAAAGGCAAAACAUUUUAAUUCCAAAGCGUGCUCGUUUUGAUUUAAGAACUUGUUUAAAAUGUAGUCGUCCUUUGUAUAAUACCAAACACUCGUCUAUUGCUAAAGUUUCCCCAGGAUCAACAAGGUUCAUACAAUUUUCUUUGACCCAAGCAAAAAACAUAACCAAACGGGUCAUGGGUUUCCCUGGUAUGAAAGCUUGAGGAUUGCUAAAUCUUAAAAAUUUUAGAAUAGCGAAAAACCUGUUUCUACUCAUUAUUUGGGAGUCAAAUAAAUUUGGACCAGAAAACAAAAAGGUUUUGUUCCAAUAGACCCAUAUAUAAAUUCAACGAAAGAAAAGUAUACAUCUCCGGAACUGUGACAUCCUUCCAAAUUAUACCGUAGACUUUUUGAGUACCAAUCUCUAUGAGGUACCUUCCUGCACGUUCAUUCGUCCAAUUACAUAUAUGCUGAAUUAUAUUUCUAGACAGAAAUGCCUCCAAAUAAUUUACCGGAUCUUUCAUGUUCUCUAAUUCGAUUGCGGGGUGAACACCUUCAUAAUCACCAGAAAAAGGCACUGUUGUUGUAGCUCUUUUAUCCUAAAACAAUAAUAGAUAAAAGAUAAAAUAAAAAAAUAAACAUAGAAAAGAUCAACAUACCGAAAAUGGAUCUGCUACAACAGUAAAAUUUCCUAUGAUUGUAGAUACAUGAUCUUCGUCUUCUGAAAUACUCGAUAAACUGUCGUCGCUUUCGCUAUCCGUAUCAGGACCAUUAGGUAAAUAUUCGGAUCCCGAAUCCUCAAAUGGUUCAACAUCGCUCACGUCGGACAUCCCUUCACGUAAAACGCACAAAAAACUAAUACUGCUGCACUGCACCGUUGCAAAUAACAUUUUACACUGCAGACCGCGAAAAAUAUGGAUGCGGUAUCUCAUUCGAGGGUAUAUUAUUAUUCCAACGUUUAUUUUAAAUAUAUCAUUUGUUGCCACAAGUGGCAAUCUGGGAUAUAGAUCAAUUUGAGCUUGUUGCUACAUGUGGCAACAUGAGCUUGAAGGGGUAAGGAAUAAGAAACGGUGUAGAAAACUUCUUUAUUUGAAGGAUAAAUCAUGAUCUUCUACCAUCAUACUACUCCUCAUCGUUCGUAUUCAUACAAUUAAUGAUUUUUAAAACAAAACAAACGAAAGAUAUUACGUUGAAAUGCCCACGGAUCGUCCAUUACAUUCCAAAUAUUAUCAAGUUUUUGUGAACAAACAUUGGAGUGUCUAUAAGUAUAAAGAAGGUAUAAGAAGUAUUCCUUUCAAUUUUCAUCUAAUUAAUUAACAAUGUACAUCUUCCAAACCAUAACCCGUUUUCUCUCAUUUUAUAAAUGCUUUUGAUUAUGUACGCCAUAUCAUACUACACGUAUUAACUGUUUUAAAACUUAUUUGGAACCUAAUUUCGAAUCUUACUAUCACAAUUCUGUGAAAAAAAAAUACUCAAGAAUUGUUGUUUUGGUUGGAGCGUUUGCUUGUAUUUAUUUGUUAAAAAAUGUACACAGAUUUAGCAGUAGAUCGUUUCUGAUAUAACAAAUUUAAUCACCUUCAUCAUAUCUUCUCAAAACUAUUUGAUUCGUUAUUAUAACGCCCUUAAUAUGAUUCAAAUUACCAGUUCUGCCAGUUUUGUUAUACUACAUGAGUUUUGGACAACAUUUUUCAUUGUGUGCUAACAAACUUAUUGUUAUUUUGGCAGACAUUCAUAAGAAGUGGCGUUUGUACAAUCACAACGAAAAAGUCGAAAUCAAAUUAUUCUGAUUGUCUUAAAGUUUCACUAAAAUUGUAUAAAUAUGUGAAAAGUUAGUUGAAAUUAAGGAUUGUAAAAAGUAAUUGUUCGAUACGAGUUGUGAAUUAAGGGAAGGAAAACUUCCGAUCGCAAGUUUCAUUUGGUAUGUUGUUGUUAUUUUUGUAAAUAAUAAAGUAUUGUUAAUUAUGAAA